AAGACCUCAUAGUUUUGAGAUAUGUUUUAGGUGUUGUGUUGUGGAAUAAUGGAGUACUGGAAGGUAAUGGCCGUGAAAUGGCUAUCACUAACAUUAUUAACAACUGUAAUGAUCUUAGUGAGUGAUUUGCAGGUUUGUAAUGGAUGUGUUGAGGAAGAAAGAUUGAGUUUGUUGCGUAUCAAGUCCAUGUUUCUGUCCUACAAAAAUAAUUCCAUUGAUCACUACUCGGAAAAUUAUGAUGAUGAUCCAUUUGUUUCAUGGGAUGGAAGUAAUUGUUGCAAUUGGGAUAGAGUUCAAUGCGACACUUCUGGCACUUAUGUCCUCGGCCUCUUGCUCGACAGUUUGUUGCCGUUUCAUUAUCAUUUUCGCUUGGAAGGAAAUGAUUAUCCUUUGUUGAAUCUUUCUUUAUUUCAAAAUUUUAAAGAAUUAAAAACUCUUGAUUUAGCUUAUAAUGGAUUCACUGAUUUUACCGAAAAUCAAGGAUUCAAUAAUUUUUCAAGUUUCAACAAGUUAGAGACUUUAAAUCUGUCGGUAACCCAUUUUGGAAAUAAAAUUCUUUCAUCUUUGAAUGGACUUAACUCGUUGAAGACGUUGAGGCUUAGUGGAAAUAGGUUGAAUGGGUCUAUGACUUUACUUGGUUUGAAAAACUUGACAUUGUUGGAUCUUAGUUUUAAUGAUUGGAAAGUCUUUCCACGAUUACAAGGUUUGAGAAACUUGAGAGAAUUAGAUUUAAGUUCCAAUGAAAUGCAAGGAUUUCGUGGAUUUUCAAGAUUAAAUAAGUUGGAGAUUUUAAAUGUUGAAGAUAAUAAUUUCAACAAUAGUAUCUUUUCAUCGUUAAAGGGACUUAUAUCAUUAAAGAUUUUGAGUCUUGGAGGUAAUUUUGGCCUACAUGGCAUUAUUCCUACGAAAGAUAUUGCAAAUUUAAGGAGCUUGGAAAUUUUGGAUCUCUCUAACCAUAACUAUUACGAUGGAGCCAUACCCUUGCAAGAUCUGAAGAACUUGAAAAUAUUGAAUCUAUCACACAAUCAAUUCAAUGGUUCGCUACCAAUACAAGGAUUUUGUGAAGCAAACAACCUAACUGAGUUGAAACUAAGAAAUAAUCAAAUCAAAGGCGAAUUAUCAGAGUGUGUUGGAAACUUCACCAAACUUAAAGUUGUUGAUAUCUCAUAUAAUGAAUUUAGUGGAAAAAUUCCAACUACCAUUUCAAAGCUCACAUCAAUGGAGUACUUAUCUCUCGAGGAAAAUGACUUUGAAGGCACUUUCUCAUUCUCCUCCUUGGCGAACCACUCUAACCUUAGACACUUUCACCUAUUAGGUGGAAACAAUAUUCAAGUGGAAACAGAAGAAUUACAUGAAUGGCAACCUAAGUUUCAAUUGGAAACCCUCUCAAUGCCUAGUUGUAACCUCAAUGACCGAACUGCAUCAAAAUUCCCAACUUUCUUACUCUCACAACAUAAGUUGAAAUAUCUUGACCUUUCUCAUAACCACUUGGUUGGACCUUUUCCUUUCUGGUUGCUACAUAAUAACUCUGCGUUGAACUCUUUGGAUUUGAGGAACAACUCACUUUCAGGACCUCUUCAACUCUCCACCAAAAACCACACCCGUUUGAGGCAUUUGCAAAUUUCAAGUAAUAAUUUUAGUGGUCAAUUGCCUACCCACUUAGGUCUCCUUCUACCACAAGUUGACCACUUUGAUAUAUCAAAAAAUAGUUUUGAAGGCAAUCUUCCUCCAUCUAUGAAACAAAUGAAGAUGCUAUGUUGGUUGGAUGCAUCAAACAACAAUUUUUCUGGAGACUUACAAAUUUCUAUGUUUGACAACACAUUUUCACUACAAUUUUUGCUUCUAGCAAACAAUUUCUUUAGUGGAAAUAUUGAGGAUGCAUGGAAAAUUAAAAAAUAUUUGCUUGCAUUGGACAUAUCCAACAAUAUGAUAUCUGGCAAAAUUCCUACAUGGAUUGGUAGUUUAGAAGGUCUUCAAUAUGUCCAAAUGUCAAGAAACCAUUUUGUAGGUGAACUUCCAAUACAAAUUUGCUCCCUUUUUGAACUUACAAUGCUGGAUGUCGCUCAAAAUCAACUAGUUGGGGAAAUACCAUUGACCUGCUUUAACUCUUCUUCAUUGGUUUACUUAUACAUGCGAAAGAAUGAGUUUUCAAAACCUAUACCACAGGGAUUAUUGUCCAGUACUGCCUCAAUUUUGAAAGUUAUUGAUCUAAGCUACAACAACUUUUCAGGAUAUAUUCCUAAAUGGUUCAACAAGUUUACAAGCUUGCGGGUUCUUUUGUUGAAAGGGAAUGAAUUAGAAGGUCCAAUUCCAACACAAUUAUGUCAAAUUACAAAAAUAAGUAUUAUGGAUCUUUCCAACAAUAAACUCAGUGGAUCAAUACCAUCAUGCUUCAAUAAUAUAACAUUUGGGGAUAUAAAGGUAAAUCAAACAGACAAUCCAAAUUUUAGUGAUCUUGAGGUCGCUUCUGAUACCACCUCAGAUGUUGAUACUGAUAAUGGAUGUGGCAAUAUAAACAUAUACAGUAGGAUAUGUUAUAUGUUUAACACAUAUGCAUCAACAGUACAAGUGGAAGUGGAUUUUACUACAAAACAUAGGUAUGAGAGCUACAAAGGGAAUAUUCUAAACUAUAUGUCUGGACUUGAUUUAUCAAGUAACCAACUAACAAGUGAUAUUCCUCUACAAAUUGGAGACUUGGUACAAAUUCACGCCUUGAAUUUGUCUUACAAUAAGUUGGUAGGAAAUAUACCAAAAGUAUUCUCCAAUCUUAAACAACUAGAGAGUUUAGAUAUUUCCAAUAACUUAUUGAGUGGGCAUAUUCCUUCUGAACUUGCUACACUCGAUUAUCUUUCUAUCUUUGAUGUGUCAUACAACAAUCUGUCAGGUAUGAUCCCAACAGCACCACACUUCACAUAUCCUCCGAGCAGUUUCUAUGGCAAUCCUAAUCUUUGUGGAUCAUAUAUUGAAAACAAAUGUUCAAGCCCGGCUUUACCAAGAGACAACCAAUUAUAUGAAAAGUUGGAAUUAGAAAUAGAUGAUGGAGGAUUGAUUGAUUUAGAAGCAUUGUUUUGGAGCUUUGCAGCCUCCUAUAUGAUACUACUCUUGGGAUUUGUAGCAGUUCUAUGGAUAAACCUACAAUGGCGGCAAAGAUGGUUUUAUUUUAUUGAAGAUUGUUGUUAUUUCUUUUGUAAACUUACCUAAAAUGUAAAAAUGGAAUUGUAUAAUAAAUGAAAAGGAAAAUAAUUUUUCUUAUUCAGCCCUCUUUCUUCUAAUACAAGAUGGAAAGUGUUCCCAAUACAGACUUUAAUUUUGAACCACCAAUGGUGCAACCCAACCCAACCCUUUUUUCCUUUUUCUUUUUACUUUGGUAUUUGUUUCCAAGUCAAGACAUUUAUUAUUAUAUAUUGAAUAUUCAAUAAAAGGUUUGCAAAGUCAAGUCUUGUAAUUAAAUCAAUUUCGAUGUCGUUUUCAAAGUCGGAACUCAAGUGAUGUAGUCAUCCUUUCAAGUCAACAUUAUCAAACUAAUAAUGUGUGUUCUACUACU